AUGGUCUCUGCAUUACGGUUCUCUGCCUCUUCCUCAGCGAACCGUGAUCACUUCCAUUCCAAAAUGUACGCUGAUCUCGUGGAGAAUGGAGGGCAAAGGUCCGUGAAGGAGCGCCUUAAUGGGAAUGAUACUAGUGGUCCUACUUGGCUGCAGCAACAACGUCAAAUCACCGGCAAGAGAACUCGAAUAGAGGUGGAGUUUGGGAGACACUGGAGUUGUGGAAUGAGGGUGUUCCCCAAUGUUGUGAUCUACACUGUGUUGAUUGAAGGUGAUUGUUUGCGUGGAGAAGUGGAUGAGGCAAAGAAGAUGACGAGUAGGAAGCAAUUGAAUGGGUUGAAAGACAAUGUUGCCACAAAUACUAGCUUGUUGAAGGGAAUGUGUAUUAAGGGAAAGUCUGAUGAGACUAUUCAGCAAUUGAGGGAAAUUUUCUUUCCGAGACCUAUCAGCCGCCACCCAUAUCUUUUAAGGAACUGUUUGUCAUAUCACUUGGUCCUUCAAGUUGGUUACGAGAUGAUCGAGCAAGCAGUUAAUACUACUGAUGGAAAUAGUAGUAAAUACCAGCCUGAAAUUGCAUGGAAAAGAUGGGAGUUGUUUGUCAUGUUGGAGCAUGUGCAGGCCCAUGUUGCACCAACAGAUGUUGAUCCAGGGGCCGGAGUGCAAUGGCUACCAAAAAUUCUCAGAGGAUCUCCAAAAGUAAUGCGUACAGGCGCUCUUCUUGAGAGAGUUUUUAUGCCUUGUGAUAUGUACUUUCAGUUCACAAGGCAUAAAGGAGGAACUCCAGAACUGAAGGUAAUUCUUUUUGUAUCAUUGUAA